AUGUCUCGAACAACAUCAUCAUCUCAUUCAUCAUUAUCAUCAUCGUCGUCUCAACUAACACCAUUAUCAUCGUCAUCGUCAUCGUCGUCGUCUUCUUCGCCACCGGUCAAUUUCUCAGCUGCUGAUUACGUUGUGUUUAGCAUCUCUCUCAUCAUCCCACUACUCAUUGGCCUGUAUUUUUUCCUCCACCAAAACUUCUGGAGAAAAUUUCGUCAGGUAGGACAGUCAAUGAACUUUGUAGCUGUUGGACUGAGCGUCUUAGCUUCCAUACUCAAUGGGGCUUUUGUCAUGGGUAUACCAGCCGAAGUUCACUAUUACGGUAUUGCUGUAUUUUCGUUGUACUACACAUGUACGUAUGUUGUACACGCCAUUGUUCUGAUAGCUCCGAUUGUCUGCCAUGUAUUCAUCCCAACGUAUCACAGAAUGAAGUUUACCAGUGCUUAUGAGUACAUAGAAUGCAGGUUCAACAAGCCCACCAGGCUCCUGUCAGCCUCCAUCUUUAUUGCAUCCAUGGUAUUUUUUCUGGCCGUGGUGCUUUACGUUCCUGCUUUGGCCUUCUCACAAGUGACGUCAUUAUCCCUGUACUGGACUAUAGUGAUAACGGGAGGCAUAUGUACUCUGUACACCGCAAUUGGAGGAAUAAAAGCCGUCGUCUAUACGGAUGUUCUACAGAUGGCCAUCUUAUUAAUAGGUCUCAUAGUGGUUUCCAUAAUCGGUGCCAAUAAAAUGGGUGGAGCCUGGAGCGUGUGGGAGGUGGCCAAGAUGAAUGGAAGAGCAAACUUUGAAAUAUUUGAUAUAGAUCCCAGAACUAGGAUAACAUUUUGGAACCAGCUGAUUGGUCAGGGCGUGAUGUACCUAUGCCUUCAGAUAUCUAAUCAGAUGAUGGUUCAGAGAUACAUGGCUGUAGCCACGCCCAGAGAAGCCAAAAUGUCUAUAUACAUGGCGAUGGUUUUGAUAAUAAUGCUCUAUAUGUUGAUAAUUUUUGUUGGGUUGGUUGUCCAUUCGACCUUCAGUAAGUGCGAUCCUAUAUUUAGCAAGCAUAUCAAAUCACCUGAUCAGAUAUUUGUAUACUUCAUAAUGGCUACGAUUGGCGAUUUAAAAGGCGUUCCCGGUUUGAUUACUGCGACGAUAUUUGCAGCCGCACUGAGGUUGGAAAGGAAGAAUGGAAAGAAAGAAUUUAUUUCAAUUUAUUUUAAUUAUUUAUUCUUUAAAAAUGAGAAUUAUUUUGGAUGA